UGCAGAAGAAUCCAACACAAUCGUCCGUCAGUGCUCGAUCAGGAAACGAAAGGAACAAUCAUAUUUCAAAUCUCAUUCCUGCUAGGUUGAAAAAAACCCUCUUAAACCUUAAACUUCAGGAGUUGAAUCACAAGACACUCUUCUAAAGUUUGAUUAGUUCAUUAAGUGCAGUAGCAAUGUGGAAAGCUUGGUAUGACUUGGCAGUAGUUUCGUUCGUGGUGAUACUACUUUCUAAUCAGCUAGCUACAACCAAUGCGCUUCUGAAACGAUGCUACCAGUGUCGAUCGCGAGGUGAGCUGGGUAGCUGCAAGGAUCCGUUCACCUUCAAUGCCACCCAGACGGAGACGGAGCAUGGCGUGACGGCCGUUCCGUGCGCUUCCGGUUGGUGCGGCAAAGUCAUCGAGGGCCAAGGUUCGUUCCGGGAGGAUGACUACGAUAUGGCUACGCAGCGAAUGUGCGUGCAGCGGGGUCCGUCCGAUUCGGAAGAUCGCUGUGCCAACACCAUCUAUAACCACAAAAAGGUUUACAUGUGCUUCUGCCAGGGCGAUUUGUGUAACGGUGCACCUCCGGGAAUCGCUCGAUGGAGAACGAGCCUAGUGUCAGUGGCAGUUGUUCUGGUGGCGGUAACGAUUGGUCGAUUUCAUUAAAGGUUUACAGUAGAAUCGAAAACAGUCCUAAAAGAGGAACAAAUCACUCUUUAUACUCGAGACAUAUAGCAGCGGCAAAAAAUGAUUCGUUCGUUAUUUCGCAUUUUGAACUUUUCCGCAAAUCUAAGAUGUAUGUUUUUGUAAUUUAGUAGAAAAUAUUUAUGAAUUUUUGGAUAAUGAGCUGAAAGGUUUGAUAAAUUUUAAGCAAUAAAUUUUUCUUUUACAAAA